CCUAACAUUGGAUCAUUUUAAUGUAACCUGUGAUGAACUGAAUAUUUGUGCUGUUAGGGGGACACUAAUGAGUGUGAACUGCGAUCACUCAAACAUCAACAUCAAAACUGGGUUCUGGUUCAGUCAGAAACAGAGAACAAACUGGAGAAACAAAGAUGAACCUGAAGAUUUGACUUUAGAUUCAGAUUACUCAGGACGAAUUGGUCAGUGGAUCAGUGAAGAUUACUCACGACUCUCAAUAGAUGAUCUGAGAGAGAGAGACAGUGGAGAAUAUCAGCUCAUGAUCAUUAUGAAGGAUGGAGUUAAACAUCUCAGCUCAGUCACAGUCAAUCUAACAGUCACAGUUUUACAGGUGAAGAUGAAUCCUGAAUCUACAGGACAGCGAGUAAAACUGAGCUGUGAUUCCUCCUGCCCUUUAACAUCUGAAUAUAAUUACCACUGGUACAAAAAUGGACAACAUUUUAAAAAUAGUCAAAGCAUAUUUGUGUCAUCCAGUGAAAACACUGACAGUUAUUCCUGCACUGAGUGGUCUCGUUCAGGGCACUCUUCAUCUGUGUGUCUUUCUAACAGUAGCUGUUGGGGUGUGACUUACACCUCUACAGAAGUUUGUGCUUUAGUGGGAUCCACAGUAGAUAUUCACUCUUCAUACUCACAUCCCACUGGAUAUACAGUAGAGAAAACAUACUGGGAUUACAGUCGUUAUGAGGAAUUCAGUGAUCUGCAUGAGGUUCAUCAGUUUGCUGGUCGUGUGGAGUUUGUGGGAAACACACUGAAAAUCAAAGGCGUCAACACGAGUGACACUGGAUAUUAUCAGUUCAGGAUCAUCACUAACACAUCAGAUGUAGUUUCUGGUUAUCCUGGAGUCUAUCUUUGUGUUACAGGUACACGAGUGAUAAGCAGUCCAGACCCUGUGAUAGAUGGAGAAAAAGUGAUAUUAAGCUGUUCAACUAAAUGCACUCUGGAUAACAAAUAUACUUACAUCUGGUAUAAGAAUGGACAACAGGUAACAGAUGGAUUGAGAUUAUUAAACAAGCUGUACCUGGACUCAAUCAACAGUGAGGAGCUACAAGAGUAUUCCUGUACUGUAAGAGAGAUAUGACACACCCUGAACUUGUGGACUUCCUCAGAGUCGACACGUUGAUGACAUUAUUCAGUGCAGACUUUAGGGACACUUGCACACAAGGGCACACCAGAGCCGUGUUUUGGAACAGACUCGAGCGUCAUGCCGAAAAUAAGAAGAGAAGUUGCCCAUCAGUGUGUCUGAUGUAAAUGAGCUUUUUUAUUAAACUAUCACAGGCCCAGAUUGUCUGCCAACCUUUAAGCUCAUUUACACCCUGCUUAUUUUUAGACCCACAUGAGUUGCAUUGGAAAGUCUGAAAGUAAGUUUUUAUCAGCUCAAUUUAAUACUUUUUAUAGGUUUUAAAUGAAUUACAUUAAUUUCUUAAUAGUUUCUCCAAAUACCAAUUUAGAAAAUAUAAAACAUAUGCAGAUUAUUUGCUCAGUUUAUUAGUAAUGAAAGGAACAGGUUUAUAAAAAUAUAAAACAUAAUCUGUCCUGUGAAUCGAGUUGAGACUGUUUCUCAAGAAUAAGAGCACUAGCAGUAAAAAGAUGAAGAUUAAUGAUUAGAUUUUUUUCUGCUGGAGACAUAAAAGAUGAAGUAAAGAUAAGAGACAUCUUUUACAGGACUCAGCAAUAAUUAACAGCUAUAAAUUAACUUUUAAUAUAAUAGUAUGUAAUAGUUGUCAAAAUAUGUAAAGUCCAUGAAAUGCUUUCCUUCUUCUUAUGCUAUAAAAAGUGUCAAAAAGAGUUUCUUUAACAUCCGCUUGAGUACGAGAAAAUGAGAUAAUAUCAUUAAAUGAUCUACUACAACUUCAACUGCUCAUAA